AUGGAGAAAGAGAACAGCACCGUGGUGACAGAAUUCAUUCUUCUUGGUCUGACCCAGUCUCAAGAUGUUCAACUCCUGGUUUUUGUGCUAGUCUUAAUUUUCUACCUCAUCAUUCUGCCUGGAAAUUUUCUCAUCAUUCUUACCAUAAGAUCAGACCCUGGCCUCACAGCCCCCCUCUACUUCUUUCUGGGCAAUCUGGCCUUCUUGGAUGCAUCUUACUCUUUCAUUGUGGCUCCCAGGAUGUUGACUGACUUCCUCUCUGAGAAGAAGGUGAUCUCCUACAGCGGAUGUAUCACACAGCUCUUUUUCUUGCACUUCCUUGGAGCAGGGGAGAUGUUCCUUCUUGUUGUGAUGGCUUUUGACCGCUACAUUGCCAUAUGCCAGCCUUUACACUACUCAACUGUCAUGAAACCUAGAGUUUGCAAUGCAUUACUGUUGGCUUUGUGGCUUGGGGGCUUUGCUCACUCCAUUGUUCAAGUGGCCAUUAUUCUACAUUUGCCCUUCUGUGGCCCAAACCAAUUGGAUAAUUUCUUCUGUGAUGUUCCACAGAUCAUCAAACUGGCCUGUACUGACACCUUUGUAGUGGAGCUCUUGAUGGUCUCCAAUAGUGGCUUGCUCACCCUCCUGUGUUUUCUAGGCCUCCUGGCCUCCUAUGCCAUCAUCCUCUGCCGUGUAAAGGGGCACUCUUCUGAAGGGAAGCACAAGGCUGUGUCCACAUGUACCACUCACAUUAUCAUUGUGUUUCUGAUGUUUGGACCUGCCAUCUUUAUCUACACUCACCCCUUCAGAGCAUUUGCCGCUGACAAAGUUGUCUCUUUCUUCCACACAGUAAUUUUUCCUUUGAUGAACCCAGUGAUUUAUACCCUUCGCAACCAGGAAGUAAAAGCUUCUAUGAGGAGGUUGUUGAGUAGGUACAUAGUUUGA